UCUAAUUCGCCUGAUCCCAAAUCUGCGACUAUGGUCUUGUGGGGAAACAAGUCCGACGACCAGGACGCUGGUUCUGGCUCUGCCACGCCUCGCGCCUACGAAGAUGGGCGCUCCAGUCGUUCAUACGAUGCGCACGAGGCCGACGAGCGAACGAGGCUUCUCGCUCAUCGCCCACCCAAUUCCGAUGGCUAUCUGGAUCCCGACGACCCAGCUGUAUCUCCCUAUAAUCUCUGGACCGUCCGCUUUCUCCGCUACAUCACCGUUCUCUUCCUCGUCCUAUCUUUCCUAUGGUGGGUUCUAUUGCUGGUCUGCAUCUUCGUCUCUCCGCCGGGCAUGCACUCGCGCGGCUCCGGCUUCUUCGACUUUUCCUUCACCACUCUGACCGUGGGUAACCUCCUCGUUGCCCUGAUAUUCUUCACGGCUCCGUCCAAGGCCAUGCGAAUUUCAGCCGGCUUGAUCACCGGCGUCCUCUUGAUUGACAUGAUCAUGAUUCUGGCUGUGCCUCGAAUGCGCCUCGAGGAAGGCUGGAUUGGCAUCGCCUCGGUGGUCUGGGCAGUGUUCAUCGCCGGCUGGUGCGUCUUGAUAGACAGAGUCGUGGCAUGGGGCAAACGCGAAGAGGAAGAACGACUAACCGGCCGCCCCGAGACCCGUCGUACCCUCAAGGAAUGGACGGCUGUGUUGGUUGCGACCAUAAUUCUUGUCGUCUACGUCAUCAUUACCGUGUUCAUGACCGGCACUUUGAUCAUCCGCGCCCGCGACUCCACACUGCCAAUGAUUGGAGAGCGCUACUACGUCGAUGGAGACAAGUACCAGGUUCAUCUUGCCUGCCUUGGGAACGUCACCCACACGAACGGCAAGAAAGAUCCCACCAUCAUCCUUGAAGCCGGCGAAAACCCGUCGGAGUAUGACUUCGAACACUGGGCCUACAACGCCGUGGAAAAUGGCACCAUCAGCCGCUACUGCUGGUGGGACCGCCCCGGCUACGCCUGGUCUGACAACGCACCCUCUCCGCAUUCCGCCGGCAUGUCCGCGGACGCACUCUCAGAAGCGCUUGCACGGGCAGGCGAAGAAGGCCCUUGGAUCCUCGUUUCAGCAGGCAUUGGCAGCGUGACGAGCCGUAUCUUCUCAAGCCGGCACCUGCGCGAUGUGAUUGGAAUGCUGCUGAUCGACCCGAUGCACGAAGAUCUUCUCCACCGGAUGGGAAGCCCAGGACGGGGUUUCCUGCUCUGGGGCUGGGGCGUGAUCAGCCCGCUCGGUAUCGAGCGGCUCGGCGGGGCCAUCUUCAAGGGACGCACGCGCGAGGACCGUGUCUAUGGGCGUAACGCGUACCAGGGCGGCAAGUUCAUCAAGGCGCAGCUGCAAGAGAACCUUGUCGCGGACAGCCUGUCGAAGAACGAGCUCGUCAGCGCGCGCGCCAUCCAGGACCGCGGCACCCCGGUCGCGAUCGUUAGCUCUGGAAUUGAGGUCCGUAAGGAUAGCGAGUGGGAGCGCAAGCAGCGCGACUUGACGCACUUGACGGACAAGCUCGUCUCCUGGGAAAUUGUGAACCAGGCACCGCAUCAGGUGUGGGCGACCCUGCGUGGGAGAGAAGUUAUGGAGCAGUCGCUGAAGGAUCUCGUGAAUGCGAGCAGGGAGUAUGAUAUCCCCUUAGGAGACUGGUAAAUUGGGCGCUUCAAAGGAAUAAGACUGGACGGAUGGAUGGGAGGCUUCUUUUCGAACACAUAUUGAUUGGUUUGCGAUGCGAUGCGACGGCGUUUUGGGGGCGGGAGGAGAAGGGUAUGAGGAACGAAUCUCUUUGGGUGCAUACAGAUUUGUGAUUGGGGUUAGCGUGGUAUACCAAAUCUUAAAUUAAGCACUG